GGAGGAGCUUCUGCGUCUUUAAUAGAAGGGAGAAAGAUGGGAGAGGCUGCGCGUGCACGCCUCUCCGCCUGGCUCCGCAGCGGCGGGAGCGCGCAGAGGAGCGUUCUUCCUGAGGAAUAAAAAAAAAAAAAAAAAAAAAAAAAGAGCGGACGGACCGACUGAGCGCAACAUCAACAUCUCACCGGGAAAAAUGUUCCUGCCGCCGUGUGCGCGGACCUGAGGCUCCCUCCAACCAUUAAACUCGUAGAAACUACAGAAGACUCAAAUUAAAUUAAAAAACACAGGAAACGAAGUCAACACAGGUGCAGAAGAUGGCAGGAAGGCUCCUGCAGCUCCUUGCUUUGUGGACUGUGGUGAUCAGCAGUGCUCAGAGCUGCCCUCAGCUCUGCAGCUGCCAGGAUAAAUUUGCCCAGAAGUUUGCCGACUGUGCUUACAAAGACCUGCUGGAGGUACCGGUCGGGCUCCCCUCCAACGUAACCACCGUGAGCCUUUCGGCCAACAAGAUCAAACUGCUGAAGAGCAAAAGCUUUGAUAACAUCACGCAGGUCACCUCUCUCUGGCUGGCCCACAAUGAAAUCGUCACUGUUGAGACGAACACCUUGGCCCCCCUCAUUCAGCUCCGCAACCUGGACAUCAGCCACAACAAAAUCGUCACCUUCCCCUGGGAGGACAUGAAGUCCCUCACAGCUCUGCAGCUGCUGAAAAUGAACAACAAUGAGAUGGUGAACCUCCCCAAGGACGCCUUUUCCACACUCCAAGACCUGAGGUCGCUCCGCAUCAACAACAACAGGUUCACCACCAUCGUGGAGGGCACCUUCAGCGCCCUCUCCUCCAUGUCCCACCUCCAGAUCUUUAGCAACCCGUUCACUUGCUCUUGCAGCCUGGAGUGGCUCAGGGACUGGAUUGCCACAACCAAAAUUUCUGUGCCUGACCCUAAAUCAAUCCAGUGUGAGGCCCCCGAGCACCUGAAAGGGGUCAUGAUUGCAAAUACUCCCAAACUGACAUGUGAAGCUCCUGUUGUCACCAUAACAUACCAGCCCAACAUACAGAACGCAGUCCUUUAUGAGGGCAUUACUGUCAUCCUGAACUGUGAGGCCAAGGGGAGCCCCAAGCCACAGGUCCGCUGGGAGGUCACUGCUGGAAACCAAAAUGACCUGUUCCCCCUGCCGUCCACAGAGGAAACAAAUGACAUGCCGAUAAACGAUAAAACGACCAACACCAGGUUCCUCGUCUUCAGGAACGGCUCUCUCGUUGUUCCCCGCAUGAGUAAAAAGGAGGACGGAAACUACAGCUGCUCUGCAGAGAACGAGUUGGGCCGAGCGGAGAGCAGUGUCAAGCUCUCGCUGACAUACACCCACAAGCAAGGCAGCAGCUUGAUACCAGACUCAAGCCUGGACAAGAUCCGUCCGUCCGGUAAAAAGCUCGACGACCCGAAGGGCUCCAAAAACAAUGUGAUCAACUGGGCUAAGCCUGAGGAGAAGACGAAGGAGAGCCCUGAGGGGUCAAAGCACAAAACCGAGGAGGCUGGGGGGGCUAAGAACCCCACGUUUGCGAGCAAGUGCGGCGUGAGGGACGGAAGCGAAUACAUCUCCAACCACGCCUUCAACCUGAGCUUGGACGACCUGAAGCAGUACACCUUUGACUUCGGCGUCAUCGCGUUAGAGGUCUCAGAGACGGAAGCUAAGGUGCAGCUGAACCCACUGCAGCUCCCGAGCACCAAAUCAAACCUCCACCUGAGCCACAAGAACCAGGAGACUGUGAACAAAGAGCCGCUGGGUCUGCUGCAGUCCUCUUCCAGUAAGGACACCCUGGACAUGCUCUACCUCUGUGUGAACACUGGAAAUGGACACUCCUUGGUGCAGUGGUCCAACAUAGAGGAGGGGGUGAAUUCAUACCGCUUCCACGGCCUACAGUCGGGCACCAAUUACACUCUUUGUCUCACUUAUGGGGGGAAGGACUGCCAAGUCCAAGUGGUGUUCACGACAAGGAAGAAGAUCCCCUCCCUGCUUAUUAUUGUGAUCGUCAGCAUUUUCCUCCUGGGCUUGGCCACCGUCCCCCUGCUGGGGGCCACCUGCUGCCACCUGCUCUACAAGUACCAAGGAAAGAGCUACAAGCUGAUCAUGAAGGCUCAGAAUCCGGACCAGGUGGAGAAGCAGGCCACGGGGGAGUUCGAUCCCAGAGCGUCGUUCGUGGAGUCCGAGAAGACCUUCAACCCCAGCGAGCUGGGCGAGGAGGAGGAGGGGCCCGAGGGGGAGGAAGGGGAGGCUGAGGGGAGCGUGGUGACCGAGUCCAUCCCGGGCUCCUCAUCCAAAACCAACCCGGAGGAGUUCGAGGCGGGAUCCGAGUACAGCGACCGGCUGCCGCUGGGCGCCGAGGCCGUGAACAUCUCGGAGGAAAUCAACGGCAACUACAAGCAGCCGAGCCGCUGAGGCGCUACGGGUGCCCGCGAGGGCUUUUUACUGUAACAUACUUUACUUUUUCUUCCCCUCCGGGUGACUCACACGAGAUGAAAGGUGGACCAUUUACAUUUUUUUUUUAUCUUUACCUCAAAAAUCACCGUGAAGUAAUCCAUGUUGAGUUUGUCUAAAUCUGGUGUGGGAUUAAAAACAAGCACAGAUUAAAACAGUUUCUCACAGGUGAGCAGCGCGCGGUGCGAAUUGAAGGUUAAACAAACGGGAGCGACGCAUGUUUCAAUUGCCGUCACGGGAGAGCACAAAAACCUCAAACAAGUGCCAAUAAUGAUUUUUUACUGCCGUUUUCUCCAUUUGCGUGACAUCAGGAACUGUUUCUAAGCCGCGCGUGCAGGCUGCAGGAGGGCCAGGUAACAGGUGUCAGAAAUAAAAUCCGAUUGUGUGGAAUAAAAUGUUUGAUUACGUGAUGUAAAAGGCUGCAGAUAUUCGGGAGAUAUUUGCUCUUUCAGCUGCUUGGUGCUUGAUGGAAGAAAAUGUUCAAGGCUUUAAAAAAACAACGAUUAAUCAACGCGCAAAACGUGUCCAUGGCAUGUCACGUGUUUUCCUGUCUGCUUUAGUCUUAUUUUUCUAUUAGUGUAGCGUCAUGUAAUGUGACUGUCUGUCUGUGAUGUAAAUCUUAAGGAAUUACAUGUAUUAUUAUUUUUGACCGUGAGUUUGAACAUGGAGGCAAAA